UCUCUUUCCAUUUCACAUACCCAUAGUCUAUUGCUAACCAGAACGCUUACCCGAUACACAGCAUUGCCCUUUGGUCAAAGCCUCUCGUCCAAGGAGUACCUUCAGUCAAAGACCCGCCUUCCGAACACUUGCGACCAACAAAGAACAAUUGAGCCACUCAACUCGCACGACCAUCUUCAUUUGCCCUAUCCUAAUUUUUGUCUGCCUGAACUAGCUCGCAAUGUCCACAGCUGCCAAGCGACGUCUGAUUCGAGACUUUAAGCGUCUCACUUCUGAUGCCCCCAUCGGUAUCUCCGGCAGUCCCAAUCCUGACAAUAUCAUGGUAUGGAACGCCGUCAUCUUUGGACCUCCCGAGACACCAUUUGAAGACGGCUCUUUUCGACUUACUCUCACAUUCACCGAUGCUUAUCCUAACAAGCCCCCUACUGUUCGCUUUAUCUCCAAAAUGUUCCACCCCAAUAUCUAUGCCAACGGCGAGCUUUGUUUGGAUAUCUUGCAGAAUAGAUGGAGUCCGACGUACGAUGUGGCGGCAAUCUUGACAAGUGUGCAAAGUCUGCUGAAUGACCCCAACCCGGCUAGUCCUGCGAACGUCGACGCUGCUCAACUCUUCAAGGAGAAUCUUAAGGAAUACGAACGGCGCGUCAAGAAAACCGUUGAGCUUUCCUGGGUGGACAACGCAGAUGAGAUCGAAGCCGAAGUGGUUGAAGCGGACGAAGGGAGCUCAUCAUAAGGGCUCUGUAAUCUUGUUUCAUCGAUGUCCGCUAAUCAUCAAGGGGAAGUCCUAGCGCGGUAUACUAGAUUUCGAGAUGGUAGAAACAAGUGGUGAUGGUAGAGAAGAGAGAAAGAAGAGGAAGGAUCGAUCAACGACUUAGGCGAUUUGGCUUUGUGCAACAAACCUGCUCAAGCAAACAAUGAGGGAGACGCGGACGAAGACACGAUACGGGUAGCUUAUCUAAUCCACAGAGAAGGCAGAAUCUUGUAUUUCCUAGUUUUUCCAUCAAUACGCCAUACAACAUUAUCCAGCCCCGAUAGCGAUCCCUUUACAGGCUGUUCCAUGCAUAUCCCGUCUUUCGGUCUUUUGAG